AUGGCUGGAAAAGUAGAGGAGGCUGGUGAGGCUAAUGAGGCCUGUGAGGUUACAAAAGCUUAUGAGGCUAGUGAGGCUGGUGAGGCUGGUAAAGAUGGUGAGGCUGGUGAAGCAGUAGAGGCUAGUGAAGCUGGUGAGGUUGGUAAAGCUGAUGAGGCUGGUGAAGCAGUAGAGGCUAGUGAAGCUGGUGAGGUUGGUAAAGCUGGUGAGGUUGGUAAAGCUGAUGAGGCUGGUGAGGAUGGUAAAGCUGGUGAGGCUGGUGAGGCUGGUAAAGCUGGUGAGGCUGAGAAAGCUGGUGAGGCUGGUAAAGCUGAUGAGGCUGGUGAAGCAGUAGAGGCUAGUGAAGCUGGUGAGGUUGGUAAAGCUGGUGAGGCUGGUAAAGCUGGUGAGGCUGGUAAAGCUGAUGAGGCUGGUAAAGCUGGUAAAGCUGAUGAGGCUGGUAAAGCUGGUAAAGCUGGUGAGGCUAGUAAAGCUUGUGAGGCUGGUGAAGCAGUAGAGGCUGGUAAGGCUGGUGAAGCAGUAGAGGCCAGUAAGGUUAGUGAAUCAGUAGAGGGUGCUGGUGAGGCUGGUAAAGCUGGUGAGGCUUGUGAGGCUGGUAAAGCAUGUGAGGCUAGUGAGGCUAGUAAGGCUGGUAGAGCUGGUGAGACUGGUAAAGCUGGUGAGGCUAGUAAAGCUGGUGAGGCUGGUAAAGCUGGUGAGGGUGGUGAGGCUGGUAAAGCUGGUGAGGCUGGUAAAGCUGGUGAGGCUGGUGAGGCUGGUGAGGCUGGUAAAGCUGGUGAGGCUGGUCAGGCUGGUGAGGCUGGUGAUGCUGGUAAGACUGGUAAAGCUGGUGAGGCUGGUGAGGCUGGUAAAGCUGGUGAGGCUGGUAAGGUUCAUGAUGCUGGUAAGGCUGGUAAAGCUGGUAAGGCUGGUAAGGCUGGUAAAGCUGGUGAGGCUGGUAAGGCUGGUAAAGCUGGUGAGGCUGAUGAGGCUGGUAAAGCUGGUGAUGCUGGUAAAGCUGGUGAGGCUGGUAAAGCUGGUGAGACUGGUAAGGCUGGUAAAGCUGGUGAGGCUGGUGAGACUGGUAAAUCUGGUGAGACUGGUAAAGCUGGUGAAGCUUGUGAGGCUGAUGAGACUGGUAAAGCUGGUGAAGCUGGUAAGGCUGGUAAAGCUGGUAAGGCUGGUGAGGCUGGUAAAGCUGGUGAAGCUGGUGAGGCUGGUGAGGCUGGUAAGGAUGGUGAGACUGGUAAAGCUGAUGAGACUGGUAAAGCUGGUGAAGCUUGUGAGGCUGCUGGUAAGGAUGGUGAGGCUGGUAAAGCUGGUGAUACUGGUAAGGCUGGUAAAGCUGGUGAGACUGGUAAUGCUGGUGAGGCUGGUAAAGCUGGUGAAGCUUGUGAGGCUGGUGUGACUGGUAAAGCUGGAAAGGCUGGUGAGGUUGGUGAGGCUGGUAAAGCUGGUGAGACUGGUAAGGCUGGUAAAGCUGGUGAGACUGGUAAGGCUGGUGAGGUUGGUGAGGCUGGUAAAGCUGGUGAGACUGGUAAGGCUGGUAAAGCUGGUGAGACUGGUAAGGCUGGGGAAGCUUGUGAGACUGGUAAGGCUGGUGAGGUUGGUGAGGCUGGUAAAGCUGGUGAGACUGGUAAGGCUGGUAAAGCUGGUGAGACUGGUGAGGCUGGUAAAGCUGGUGAGGCUGGUGAGGUUGUAAAGGCUGGUAAAGCUGGUGAGGCUGGUGAGGCUGGUAAAGCUGGUGAGGCAGAAAAUACUGGUGAGGCUAGUAAAGCUGGUGAGGCGGGUGAAGCAGUAGAGGCUAUUAACGUUGGUGAAUCAGUAGAGGGUGGUAAGGCUGGUGAAGUAGCAGAGGCUGUUAGACUAGUAUGGUUGGUAAAGUAG